UGGAAGCUUCUUCUUGGAAAUCUCGACGCGCCGCCCCCCGCAACGACCGACCGUCACCGUCACCGGCGCCGCCGACGCCGACGCCGCUGCCGCCAGAAGGCCAAGGGAGGAGGCGAAGGACCAUGACGACCAUCCGCCGGUUCUGCUGCGACGAUCUGCUCCGCUUCUCCUCCGUCAAUCUCGACCACCUCACCGAGACCUUCAACAUGUCCUUCUACAUGACGUACAUGGCUCGCUGGCCUGACUACUUCCACGCCGCCGUCAGCCCCGGGGACCGCGUCAUGGGAUACAUCAUGGGUAAGGUUGAAGGACAAGGCGAAUCUUGGCAUGGACAUGUCACGGCAGUGUCUGUUGCCUCAGAAUUUCGGAGGCAGAAGUUAGCCAAGAAGCUUAUGAACCUGCUGGAGGAAAUCAGUGAUAAGAUGGAUAAGGCCUACUUUGUGGAUCUCUUCGUAAGAGCGUCUAACAUGCCAGCGAUAAGGAUGUAUGAAAAGCUUGGCUAUGUAGUUUAUCGAAGGGUGCUCCGCUACUACUCAGGGGAAGAAGAUGGCCUUGAUAUGAGAAAGGCUUUGUCACAAGAUGUUGAGAAGAAGUCCAUCAUACCACUGAAGAGACCAAUAACACCCGAUGAACUUGAAUAUGAUUGAAGUAGACUACUGCCAAUGUUUUGUUUGGUGUUAAUUAUAAUGGCUUCUAUGGUGAUUUACUAAGAUUCGUUUUUAUCUCUAGUAUCAUCUAGUGAGUGACUGUUGUUUUGUUUCCCACACCUUGAUAAGAUUCAGCAUAAUACUAUGGUGAUUCUGUCGUUUGGGAAGGAAUGCAUCAAGUAGU